AUGGGGCCGGGCGGCGGGGGGUCCCCGGAGCUGGCGGGGGGCGACGAGGCGCGCAGGGCCGGGCCGGGGGCGGCGGGGGACGCGGAGCCGGGCGCCGACCGCGACGGGGCGCGGCUGCUGGAGCCCCGCAGGGCCGCGCAGGGCCGGGGGCUGCUGGCCAAGGCGCCCCUGCGGCCCCCCAAGCCCCACGCGCGCCAGCGGCGCCUGCAGACGCUCGUCUACGACGCCCUGGAGCGGCCGCGCGGAUGGGCGCUGCUCUACCACGCGCUGGUGUUUCUGAUUGUCCUGGGAUGCUUGAUUUUGGCUGUCCUCACCACAUUCAAGGAGUACGAGACAGUGUCUGGAGACUGGCUUCUGUUAUUGGAAACAUUUGCUAUUUUCAUCUUUGGAGCUGAGUUUGCUUUGAGGAUCUGGGCUGCCGGAUGUUGCUGCCGAUACAAAGGCUGGCGGGGAAGACUGAAGUUUGCCCGGAAGCCCCUGUGUAUGCUGGACAUCUUUGUGCUGAUUGCCUCUGUGCCUGUAGUCGCCGUUGGAAAUCAGGGGAAUGUACUGGCCACCUCACUUCGGAGCCUGCGCUUCCUACAGAUUCUGCGCAUGCUGCGGAUGGACAGGAGGGGCGGGACGUGGAAACUCUUGGGCUCUGCCAUCUGUGCUCACAGCAAAGAGCUCAUCACUGCCUGGUACAUCGGGUUCCUGACACUCAUCCUCUCUUCAUUUCUUGUCUACCUGGUCGAGAAAGAUGUGCCAGAGGUGGACGCACAAGGAGAAGAGGUGAAAGAGGAAUUUGAAACCUAUGCAGAUGCCCUUUGGUGGGGCCUGAUCACAUUGGCCACCAUUGGCUAUGGAGACAAGACCCCUAAAACGUGGGAAGGUCGUUUGAUUGCUGCCACAUUUUCCUUAAUUGGCGUCUCUUUUUUUGCCCUUCCAGCAGGAAUCCUGGGGUCAGGGCUGGCUCUGAAGGUCCAAGAACAACACCGUCAGAAGCACUUUGAGAAAAGGAGGAAGCCAGCUGCUGAGCUCAUUCAGGCUGCCUGGAGGUAUUAUGCUACCAACCCCAACAGGAUGGAUCUUGUGGCGACAUGGAGGUUCUAUGAAUCGGUUGUCUCUUUUCCAUUUUUUAGGAAAGACCAAUUGGAGACAGCAGCCAGCCAAAAGCUGGGUCUCUUGGAUCGGGUUCGCCUUUCUAAUCCUCGUGGUAGCAAUACUAAAGGAAAGCUAUUUACCCCUCUGAAUGUAGAUGCCAUAGAAGAAAGCCCUCCUAAAGAACCAAAGCCUGUUGGCUUAAACAAUAAAGAACGCUUCCGCACCGCCUUCCGCAUGAAAGCCUACGCUUUCUGGCAGAGUUCCGAAGAUGCUGGGACAGGUGAUCCCAUGGCAGAAGACAGGGGCUAUGGGAAUGACUUCCUCAUUGAAGAUAUGAUCCCCACCCUGAAGGCUGCUAUCCGAGCUGUCAGAAUCCUGCAAUUCCGUCUCUAUAAAAAAAAAUUUAAGGAGACUCUGAGGCCUUAUGAUGUGAAGGAUGUGAUUGAGCAGUACUCUGCAGGCCAUCUCGACAUGCUUUCCAGGAUAAAGUACCUUCAGACCAGAAUAGAUAUGAUUUUCACCCCAGGACCUCCAUCAACGCCAAAACAUAAGAAGUCUCAGAAAGGAGCAGCAUUCACCUAUCCAUCCCAGCAAUCUCCCAGGAAUGAACCAUAUACAGCAAGAGCAUCUACAUCAGAAAUGGAAGACCAAAGCAUGAUGGGAAAGUUUGUAAAAGUUGAAAGACAGGUUCAUGACAUGGGGAAGAAACUGGAUUUCCUCGUAGAUAUGCACAUGCAGCACAUGGAGAGGUUGCAAGUGCAUGUCACAGAUUUCUGCCCCACCAAGGGCAUCUCAUCACCAGCUGAGGUGGAGAAGAAAGAUAACAGGGAGUCUGAUUUGAAAGCUAUCAUAUGCAACUAUUCUGAAACAGGGCCCCCAGAGGACCCCUACAGCUUCCACCAGGUGCCCAUUGACCAAGUUGGCCCCUAUGGAUUUUUUGCCCAUGACCCAGUCAGUCUGCCUCGUGAGGUACCCACUUCCGUAAAGGGCAAAGUGACCCUCUCCUCCUCAGCAAACACAUAUGCAGAGAGGCCGACCGUCCUUCCUAUUUUGACUCUUCUCGACUCUCGAGUGAGCUAUUACUCCCAGGCUGAACUGCACGACCCUUUCCCAGACCGGGUCUCCCCCCGACAGAGACGCAGCAUCACGCGGGACAGUGACACACCGUUGUCCCUGAUGUCUGUCAACCAUGAGGAACUGGAACGGUCUCCCAGUGGCUUCAGCAUCUCCCAGGACAGAGAUGAUUACAUGUUUGGCCCAAAUGGAGGGUCAAGUUGGAUGAAGGAGAAAAGAUACCUUGCUGAAGGUGAGACAGACACGGACACAGAUCCCUUCACGCCCAGUGGCUCCAUGCCCCUGUCAUCCACAGGGGAUGGGAUUUCUGAUUCAAUCUGGAACCCUGCUAACAAGCCCAUUUAAAGGGGUCAUGGGCUGACUCCUUGUAAUAUAGACAGACUCUGUACAGCUCAUGACUCUCACACCUGACACCAGUCAGAUCACCAAUGGCUGCAUCAAGCGCAUGCAUGUUGUGGUGGCCCCCACCUGGUAGGGGCUUGUCAUGGCCUUUUUCACCUCAUGUCAUCACAAUGAAGCCGCUUCCUUUUCAGCAUGGUUUGCAUGACUUUACACUAUAUAAACCGUACCACUAAUCGCUUCUAGGACACACAUUUAUCUGCAGUUCUUACUUUUAAUCAUGUUGGAACCAGUACAGGGAGAAACUAUUAUUUGUGUUAAUUGUCCAUUUGGUUGACUGGUUUGGAUUUUAGUUAGGUAAGUAGAGAAAGGAAUUCAAGCUAUUUCUCUAACUACUGCCCCAUUGUGUAAAAACAGUCCAACUAUUUUUCCAAAGCAAUCAAAUAAUUUUCUCAAUUAGAGAGCAUAUUGUAUUAUCAACCAGUAAUAUUGAGUACUGAGUAAAUGUGUCAGGAAAGAAAUGGCAUCGUCAUUCCACCUCUUAAACCUAGGAUUUGAAAAAUUAUUUCAGGAACAGCUGACAACACUUUUCUGAAAGUUCCUAACGACCCCUUUCUUGGUCUGCCAUUUUCAGCAUCAUGCCUCAGUUUCUUCCUCUGUAAAAGAUGGUAGUAAUCCUAAGGGCAUUUUAAUUAAUUAUGAAUUGAUAGAGAAAAGAU